CAACUGAACUCAAGGGCUGCCUUUGAUGGCUAUUUUGGCACUCAACAAAUCGUGCAGGGAAUGGGACAAUUAAACUCAAUAGUUCCAAGUCGCGAUGAAUAUUACAGCAACCAACAUAACAUGCAAGGGCUGGGACAACUGAACUCAAUUGCACCUAUCCAUGAUGGCCAUUACCUAACUCAACAAAGGUUGCAUGGGAUGGGGCAGUUGCAUUUCAGACCACAAACUACAGAGACUUGUUUUGAUGUGCAAGAUAGUUUGCAAGAUAUGGACCAGUCUGACAUGGGACCCUCACAGCUGCACGGCAUGGCAUCGAAACAUAUCCAUGCAAAACACCUCUCUCGUUAAUAGCUUUCUGAUAAAGGUGGAGAUGAAUUAUCUCAUUGUAGAGUAUCAGCCAACAACAACAAACUUUUGUUUUUUGUUUUUU